CAGGAAACCCGAGCCGGCGCCGCAAGCCGAGCCCGGCCCGACGCGAGGCGCAGGCGGGGAGCAGCGCAUCCCGCGCACCGGCCGCCGCUCGCGCCAUGGACGCAGGUCGCGACGCGAAAGGGGGCGACAGCGCCGCAGCCCCGGAGGACCCGCGGGGUCCCGCGCCCCCCGCAGCUCCGGAGGAGCCCCGGAGCCCCGCGCCCCCCGAGCGCCCCGCGCUCCCGCAGCUCCCGCGCCGCCCGCAGCUGCUGGCCGAGGACGGCGGGCCGGGCGAGGGCGCGGCGGCGGCGGCGGCGGGGAGCCGGCCGGGCCCCGGGGACGCCCAGGUGGCGCCCGCCGCCCCCGCGCAGGCCGAGCGCCCGGCCGGCCCGGGACCCAGGGCGGUGGGCGGCGCGGCGCGCAUCGGCUUCGAGGCCGAGCCCCCGCCCUACGCGCCGCCCGAGCCCAAGGCCGCGCCGCCGCUCUGCCCGCCCUUCCCGCAGGUGCCCGUGCUGCUCCAGCCCGCGCCCGCCGCGCUCUACCCGCCGCCCGGCCCGCUCUUCGCGCCGCCCGCCGCCGCCUUCCCCUUCCCCGCGUACCACAGCCCGCUGGCCGGUGUGCCAGCCCUCUCCUCUGUGGAGCACCGGCCCCUGCCCAAGGACUACAUGAUGGAGUCCGUGCUGGUGACCCUCUUCUGCUGCCUUCUCACUGGGCUGAUCGCCAUUGUGUAUUCCCACGAGCUUGGGAGGCUGAGGGAAGAAGAUCGCAAGUUUGAGGCCCGUUUCAGCACGUGGCAAGACCCUAUCUCAAGACAAAAAGUAAAAAUCACAUUGAAGACCCGCGCAGCCCUGGGCAGGGGCGACCUGGCGCAGGCCGAGGAGGCCUCACGGAAGGCCCGCUGGCUCGUCCUCUUCAGCCUGCUCUUCGGGGUCUUCGUGUCCACCAGCUGGGUCAUCUAUGUCGUGGUGGCCCUCUACCUGCCCUGAGGCCACGGCUCCUGCAGGGAUGCCAGGAGUCCCAGGGAGAAGCGGCCUGGCGGCACCGCUGCUGUGGCGCUGCUCCCGCCUGUGGUCUUUGCAGCCCUGAGAGGCUGGCUGGGCCUCAGCCCUCACCAAUGCCCGCUGAGGCCCAGGUGGUGUCCUACCCUGAGGUGGCCUCAGAGCCCAGACCCACCCUGGAGCGGGGGCUGCCCGAGCCUGUUUCCCUGGCGUCCCCUGGCACUCUUGCCUCACCUCUGUCCCUGGGAGACCGUCAGAGGGACCAGCGCUGUCUUCAGAGCCAUCUAGAAGGACGCUGCCACCUCCAGCCACCCCCAUCUCCAUCCCAGCUGGGUGAUGGAGCUGCCAGUGUGGACUCUCCCUGGGGAGAGUGGAGAAGAGCCCCCCGUGGCUGGUUGUUCCCACACCCCUGCACCAUGCCAGGAGACAGGGGCCGUCAUGCUGAGCCCAUGCCCAGAAAUCAAAGCUACUAGGCUCAGUCAACAAAAAGGACGCCCUGUGCAGAGCGUCAUGUUGCCCUGGCUCCCUCCCAGGGCAGGCAGUGACCUCUGUCCACAGCUGGGCUUGGGCUCCCUGCCCUGCCCCUCUCUGGGACCCUGUUGGCACACAGAUGGCUCCAGCGAGGGCCUGAGCAGCUCCAGGGAGCUAGGGCACUGCGCUCCACCUCCCUGCGGGUCUCAGCGUCCGCCUCACCCAUCUGAGCUUUCUGCUCCUCUCUUCACCUUUAUUGCCCAACGACUGGGGCUUGACUGGGUCCCCACAUGGGGAGCACUACCAUGAUUGGGAUCCUUCUCAGACCACCCUGCCACCCCUGGGCAGGCAGCCUGUAGACCUGCACACAGGUGCUCUUGUGUCUGGUGCCAGGAUCCAAAUCCAAGGAGGUGUGUCCUGGCUGAACCCUAAGAGACGCAGAUGGAAUCAGGUGCUUUCUGAGCAGCCACCAGGAGCUGAGGCAGAAGGGCCCAGCCCAGUCCAGCCUGUCCCCCCCUCCACGCUGGAGAGGAGGAACGAGGAAGUAAGCAAUGAGCAGUUUGGAGAUUAUGGGGUGGCCUCAUGUCCUGGGACACAGGGCUGGUGCAGAAGUAGGAAGUUGAGCCCCCAAAUGCAUGAUGGCCACAAAAAGGAGGAGGAAGGAGGAAACCUUGUUUUUUAGAUGGAUGCGGAAAAAGUACUUUAUAGAUCCGGCAGCCACAGCUGUCCUCAGGACGCUCCAGCCGGAAUGGGAAAAUCAUCCUGACCACUGCUCGGUGAAUUCGAAAGUGCUUUGAACCCCUUGGGGUCUCAUUAAAGUGCAGAUUCUGGUUCAGUAGGCAGAGCCUGGAAUUCUGCCUUUCUGCUGGCACCCUGGCCGGGGCGGGAACUCAAGUGGGAGAUGGGAAACUGGCACCAGGAGGAAAGUCAGGGCUGCGGUGCGGCGCCCUCUAGUGACUCUGCCAGGCAACCACACUCCAGCUAAUGGAAAAGUGAACCAUGCAUGAAAACUAAAGAAAGGAUUCCCUACUAGAGCAUCCAGGAGUCCACGGAAGAACAGCUGGUACUGGAGCUCAGCGAAGUGGCAGGAUACAAAGUAAGGUGCUAAAGACAAUAGUAACAACCAGUUAGAAGUGGACAUUUAGGCUGCCUGUAAUCCUAGGGGCUCCGGAGGCUGAGGCAGGAGGAUUGCAAAUUCAAGGUCAGCCUCAGCAAUUUAGCCAGGCCCUAAGCAAUUUAGGGAGAGAGACUCUGUCUCAAAAUAAAAAAUCAAAAGGGCUCAGUGAUUGAGCACCCCUGGGUUCAAUUCCUGGUACCAAUAAAUAAAUUAAUAAAAUAAAGGUCCACUCAUGAUAGUGAUAAUUUAGGAUAAAUUUAACAAAAAAGAUCUGGGAUCUGAUUAUUAAAAUUGCCAAAAGAUUAAAAAAAAAAGGCUAGGAUAAGAAGCUGUAACAUCAUAAAAA